CAAUGUCGUGCAGACGCUUAGAAAUGGGAGAAGCCUAGAUUGUAAACAUUCCAGAUUUUUGAUAGGAAAUUUGUAUUAUAUGACAGCACUCUGUAGAAAGUUACUAUUUUAAAAUGAAUAUUAAGGUAUCUGCACCAGGUAAAAUCAUCUUGCACGGCGAACAUGCUGUCGUAUACGGGAAGGCUGCCAUUGCUGCCAGCUUAAAUUUGAGAACAACUGUGGAGGUAUCAGAAAAUGAAGAUGCUAAGAUCCUGAUAGAUUUCCGGGCUCUUGGACUGAAUCAGGAAUGGAGUCUGGGGGAAAUAUUGGAAAUAGUUCAAAUUAAUAAAGUGGAUGUAAUGGCAGCAGGUCCUAUAGAUGAAGUCCUGCUAGGGAAGCUGGUUGUGUUGUCUGGCCUGGGUGAAGACCGCAGUAACCCCAAACUGCAGGCAAUCCUCAUAUUCCUGUACCUUUACACAGCCAUAUGCCGGAAACCUGGGAAGUGUUUAAAGACAAGAGACAGUUCUCUACCAUGUCUGCGAGUGACUGUGAACACUCAGUUGCCAAUAGCAGCUGGGCUGGGCUCAUCAGCAAGCUACAGUGUGGCCCUGGUGGCAGCCCUGCUUCUACAGCAAGGAGAUAUCAGUGCUGCUGAAUCAUCGUCAGGACAUGCGUUGUCUGAAGAACACCUGAACCUGGUAAGCAGCUGGGCGUUUCUCGGGGAGAAGAUUGUUCACGGUACACCAUCAGGGAUUGACAACUCUGUCGCUACAUUUGGAAGUGCGAUCAAGUUCUGUGCGGGAAAUGUUACAAAACUUUCAAGUAUGCCGAAGUUGAGGAUACUUGUUACCAGUACUGGGGUUCAGAGAAUAACCAAAACAUUGGUGGACAGAGUCAGAAAACGAAAACAAAAGAUGCCAGAAGUGCUUGAUCCCAUCAUGGAUGCAGUGGAAGGGGUCACAGACAGGUGCCUGGAGUGUUACAAUGCCAUGACAACGGUUGCUGGGCAACAGUUUUCUCAUCACAUAGAUACCCUCGAGGAGCUGGUAGACAUCAACCAACAUUUGCUUCAAGCUAUGGGUGUCAGUCACCCCAAACUGGACAAGAUAUGUGAAAUAACUUCCCGGUAUGAUCUCCACAGCAAGCUAACUGGAGCGGGGGGAGGGGGGUGUGCCUUCACCUUGCUGAGGCCAGAAACCAACCAGGAGGUGGUGGAUAUCGUCAGGUCAGAGCUCCAGCAGGAGGGAUUUGUGUGCUUUGAAGCUGACAUUGGCUCAACUGGAGUGAUGGUGCACUAGGUGUAAAGGCUCUAUUGACAUAACUAAAUGGGUCAUAUUUUGCUUCAUAUUUAAGUGAAAUAGAUAGUUCUUAUUAUCAAUGCUUGAACAGAAUGAAUUUAGAGUCUGUAUAUUUAAGUAUACUGUUUACUUUAUUCAUGCACUUUACACAUAUAUAUAUAUAUACAGCCUGACUUAUUAUGUAUAUGUGUAUUUGCUACAUGUAUA